UAUCGGCUGCGAGCCUGCUGCUGGGUUCACAUCACGUGUGUAUCCGUGGCAGGAGCACAGCAGUAACACUCAAGCGGGCGUCUGACAGCGCAUAUACCAUCAAUGCAAUGCUGCUGCUUAGACGUUGUCAAGCUCUAACACGAUUUGGCUCACUCACACCUCACAGACCCCAAGCGCCUGCUGCUGCAGCAUGGUGUGCGCUUCGUUUCGUGGGCAGCGGCAGCCACAACAAAGACCAAAGAUGGGAGCGAGGUGGACACGGUCCAAGCUGGAGACAAGCCUUAGUGGGUCUCCUAGCCGGGACAGGAGCUGUUCUGGCGUAUGGCUUCCACCAUCACAAGGCAGAGCACACCGACGUCGUUAGCGUUCAGAUCAAAGAGCAGACCUCCGACCUUCCCAUCUUCAGUCAAGAAGAGGUCACCAAGCACCGCACGCUGAAAGAUGGCGUCUGGGUCACCUUCAAAGGCAGCGUCUAUGACAUCACCGAGUUUGUCACCAUGCACCCUGGCGGGGAUAAAAUCCUGCUGGCGGCAGGCGGGGCCCUCGAACCCUUUUGGGCUCUUUAUGCCGUGCACAACCAGGAGCACGUGUUGGAAAUCCUCUCGGAAUAUAAGGUUGGCGAGUUACGAGCGGAGGAUCAGAAGAAGCAGCAGAGCGCGCCGUCCAUGGAUCCGUACUCGUCUGACCCCGAGCGACAUCCCGUGCUACGCGUCAACAGCUUGAAGCCCUUUAACGCCGAGCCCCCUCCCGAACUCCUCUCGGACAACUACAUCACGCCCUCCGCCAUCUUCUUUAAGAGGAACCACCUGCCCGUCCCGCAGGUGGACCCGGCGUCAUAUGAACUGCAAGUGGACGGGCUUCCCGGAGGGGUUCUCAAGUUGUCUUUGGAGGACUUAAAAAAGCGCUUCCCCAAGCACACUGUCACGGCCACGCUGCAGUGCGCUGGCAACCGGCGCUCCGAGAUGAACAAGGUCAAGCAGGUGAAGGGAUUGAACUGGGGCAUCUCGGCCAUCAGCAACGCCACGUGGGCCGGCGCCCGCCUUUGCGACGUCCUGCUGGCGGCCGGAUACAGUCCGGACGCGGCGCGCUGGGCUCGCCAUGUGCAGUUCGAGGGGCUGGACAAAGACGUGACGGGGACGACGUACGGCGCGUCCAUCCCUGUAAACAAGGCGACGAGCGAAGAAGGCGAGGUGCUGUUGGCGUACGAGAUGAACGGCGAGCCUCUUCCGGCCGACCACGGCUUCCCGGUGCGGGUGGUGGUGCCCGGAACAGUGGGCGCUCGCAACGUCAAGUGGCUGUCCAAGAUCACGGUGAGCGCCGAGGAAAGCGGCAGCCACUGGCAGCAGAAUGACUACAAGGGCUUCUCGCCCACUACCGACUGGGACACCGUCGACUUCAAAUCGGCGCCGGCCAUCCAAGAGCUGCCCAUCCAGUCGGCCAUCACCGUGCCGGCCGACGGCGCCAUGGUGCCCCGCGCCGGCGAAGAGGUGACGGUCAAGGGCUACGCGUGGAGCGGCGGAGGACGUGAAGUGGUCCGCGUGGACGUGUCCCUCGACGGGGGCAAGACAUGGCAGGUGGCCCGGCUGAGGAGCGGCGACGAGGGGAAAACUCCGGAGCCUACGCCGCUGGGGAGAGCCUGGGCCUGGAAGCUGUGGGAGCUCACGGCCCCUCUUCCCCCGGACGCCCACCAGCUAGACAUCGUCUGCAAGGCCGUGGACAACAGCUACAACAUGCAGCCCGACACGGUCGCUCCCAUCUGGAACCUGAGAGGGGUGCUGAGUAACGCCUGGCACAGGGUGAAGGUCAACAUCAGUGACGAUGAAGAAUAGAUUUCAUCGGACCGUUGCUUGACUGUGUCAAAUUGAUACAGAUUUGUUCUCUGGAAUUCGCAAAAUUGAAUGGAUGGAUUGGUCAUAGUUGCAAGUUAAGUUGGUGCUUAAUCUUUCAUUUGUAGCAAAUAAAAGCGGUACUUGAAUUUAAAACUGCUAGCUAAUAAAGGGAAAUGUAAUUUAAAUAUUUUCAUGAAGGUCUGGCAUGUCUUGCCAACAUUUCACCUCUGUUCUGGACUGCUGAAUUGAUUAUGUGCAUCGAUAGGAGGGGAAAACGGCGCUGAGAUCAAAGAUCAAUUUACACUUUUAAUUCUUUCGAAGAAUCUCGGAUUCUAGGAAUGUCAUAAGAAUGAUCAGUGAAAGGUACAGAUUGUGGAAUAGCAGUGACACUGACACUGGGAUGCUUCCACUAAUGUUUUUUUAUGGCAAUUGCUCAAUAUCAUGAAUUACAAAUAAAGAGCUUUUAAUUUUG